CCCCAUCUACCUAGACUUGAUCUGUCUGCAAUCGCUCAACAUGCCCGAAUACACUUACAAGAGCUCCGGCACUAAUAGCCAGGGUAACCACUACUGCGCUCGUGACUACGGCAGCAGCGCUUCAAACUCCAACUCCUACCACUACUCCAACCAGAACGGCUCUUACUAUUACUCCAACCCCAGUGGUAGCACUUACUACAACAAUGGCGCUGGAAGCUCCACAUACACUCCGCCCAGUGGGAACUCCUCGCAGUCCGGAAGCGGCAGCAAGAAAUAGUGAGCGAGUCACCUUAGCACGUUGUAAGAGCCGUUGAGAUGGGAAAUACUGGGCUUGAUGCUCGUGUCGAAAAGGAGUAAGGAAGUAUUGGCUCGGGCGUGAAUUAAGAAAGUUCCAAUCCCAGUCUAGGUUCUAGCCCAAUAAAUUGUAGCAUCCUAGACUCCCACAUCUUUCUAUGAUGCUAGUGCUGUAUGCUUCACAUCUGUCGCAAUCAAAAACAUGCCUACAUG